UAGGACGGCCCUUGAGCAAAGGUGCAUGCUUUCUCUCAAUGUGUGACCUAUGUAUACAGAACCAACAACAGGCUACUGAGGGUAACCCGGGGCAGUGUGACAGAACAGCAAUUAUGGAAGACUAUCUGACUGUGCCUAUACUGGUGGCAAUGUCUGUCCUGGCUUUUACCCUAUAUUACCUCAUGUCAAAAAAUGGUGGAGAGAAAUCCUCACAGGCUCCCAAAACUCUCCUGGACUCAACAAUUAAAUACUCCCUGCCCCUCACGGAGAAGGAGGACAUCAGCCAUGAUACCAAGCGCCUCCGCUUUGGCCUUCCAUCUCCCUCCCAUGUCCUUGGCCUUCCAGUGGGUCAGCAUGUUUAUCUCUCUGCAAAAGUCAAUGGCAGCCUUGUGAUCCGUGCUUAUACCCCAGUUUCAAGUGAUGAGGACAAGGGCUUUGUUGACCUGGUUGUGAAGGUAUAUCACAAAAAUACCCAUCCAAACUACCCUGAUGGGGGUAAGAUGUCUCAGUACCUCAAUAACAUGGGCAUUGGAGACGCUAUUGAUUUCAGAGGGCCUAAUGGACUGCUCGUCUACAAGGGAAAUGGAACAUUUGCAAUCCGUCCUGAUAAAAAAUCUGAGGCCAAAGUCAGGAAGUUUAAACAUGUGGGAAUGAUUGCCGGUGGAACAGGUAUUACCCCAAUGCUCCAGCUGAUUAGAUGCAUCACAUCGAACCCUACCGACAACACCAAGUGCUCUCUUUUAUUUGCCAACCAGACAGAGAAAGACAUCUUGUUGAGAGAGGAGUUGGAAGAGGUUCGGACAAGUCACCCAGAGCAGUUCAAACUGUGGUACACCCUGGAUAAGCCACCACAGGGAUGGGCGUACAGCUCAGGAUUUGUAAGCACUGAGAUGAUUAAAGACCACCUCCCUGCACCAGCGGAUGAUGUGCUCAUUGUGAUGUGCGGCCCACCACCAAUGAUCCAGUACGCCUGCCUGCCAAAUCUCACCAAACUGGGCCACAAGUCAGAGAACACCUUUGCCUACUAACAAGUGAUGAACACGAUGACAUUAGUGUAGACCACAAGGCCUCUGAGAUUUGAUACCAUUUCAUUGAAUAAAUGCAUUUUUUAUUUGUUAUA